AUGGAGGACUUUCUGCUCUCCAAUGGGUACCAGCUGGGCAAGACCAUUGGGGAAGGGACCUACUCAAAAGUCAAAGAAGCAUUUUCCAAAAAACACCAAAGAAAAGUGGCAAUUAAAAUUAUAGACAAGAUUGGAGGGCCAGAAGAGUUUAUCCAGAGAUUCCUGCCUCGGGAGCUCCAGAUCGUCCGCACCCUGGACCACAAAAACAUCAUCCAGGUGUAUGAGAUGCUGGAGUCUGCCGACGGUAAAAUCUACCUGGUGAUGGAGCUGGCUGAGGGAGGGGAUGUCUUUGACUGCGUGCUGAAUGGGGGGCCACUGCCUGAGAGCCGGGCCAAGGCCCUCUUCCGUCAGAUGGUCGAAGCCAUCCGCUACUGCCAUGGCUGUGGUGUGGCCCACCGGGACCUCAAGUGUGAGAAUGCCUUGUUGCAGGGCUUCAACCUGAAGCUGACUGACUUUGGCUUCGCCAAGGUGUUGCCCAAGUUACGCCGGGAGCUGAGUCAGACCUUUUGCGGCAGCACAGCCUAUGCUGCCCCCGAGGUGCUGCAGGGCAUUCCCCACGAUAGCAAGAAGGGUGACGUCUGGAGCAUGGGCGUGGUCCUCUAUGUCAUGCUCUGUGCCAGCCUACCUUUUGACGACACAGACAUCCCCAAGAUGCUGUGGCAGCAGCAGAAGGGGGUGUCCUUCCCUACUCAUCUGGGCAUCUCGGCCGAAUGCCAGGACCUGCUCAAGAGGCUCCUGGAACCAGACAUGAUUCUCCGGCCUUCAAUUGAAGAAGUUAGUUGGCAUCCAUGGCUAGCAAGCACUUCAUAAAAGCAAUGGCAAGUCCUCCCCAAUAAAGCAAGGGGAGAAAGCAAACCCAAAAACCCGCUUCUAAAA